UCAAGUGCUUCUGUCAUUGAUGAUACUGUUGCUGGAGUUGCUGUUUCUAAACCUUCCAACCCUCCACAGGAGAAUGUGCUUCCAAUUGUUGAAACCCCAGUAAAGGAGGAUGCCAAGAAAAUUACUUAUGCUUCAAUGGUGUCAAAAGCAAGUUCUAUUACUUCUCCAAUCCUUGCACCUGCCAACAAAACUGUAAGGGCUUCUACAAAUACUAAGCAACAAUUGGUCGCCCCUCCAGUACCUAAAUCACCAACUCAUCUUGGUGACGAUGCAUCCAAAAUUUCAACUCCUAGCAAUCAUGCAUCUAAGUCCCCGACUCUCCCAAGCAAAGUUGGACUUAAGGUCUCGACUCGUAGCGAUAGUCCACCUAAUGCUAGUACCUUUGGAGAAGCUAGAGGAAUAUAUAUUGGAGGAUUGCCCUACAAUAUAACAAAAAAUUCACUGGUAGAAGUCGUUAGACAAUUUGGGCAAGUCAAACGAAUUAAUGAUUGUGUCCAGAUCAAAAAGCACGAGGACGGAUUUUGUUGUGGGUUUGUGGAAUUUGAAUCCUCAGAUGCUGCACGACGUGCAGUCGAGGCUCAUCAUGUUACUUUUGGUGAAAAAGAAGCCUAUAUAAUGUAUAAGAGAUCAAAUCGAGGUGGCAACCGUGAAGGGGCGUCUGUACCAGCAAGAGGUGGUUUCCGAAAUGGCAAUUUCAGGGGACGGGAAAAUGUUGAAGUUAAUAACCGAAGGUUUCAGAAUGGAAACCAGACUCAUUUUAGAAAUGGCAAAACUAGCACUUCUCAACGUAGCACAGAAGUCGAUCAUUUUACAAGCGAGAAAGAGGGUCAAGGAGUGGUGGCCAGCAACGGAGUCCUGAAUUAAUCUUCCUAGAUUCUAGAUUGUCGUCAGGAUUUUUGGUUUUUCAUAGAAUCAUACCUUUUAUCUGCUAUACUUCAUAAUCAUGAAUUUUGAAAAAUUCUUUUUGUCAAGAAAAACAUCAUGCAGGUUGUUGUCCAUUAAGAACUUAGUAUUCUGUUGCA